AUGGCGAAAUUUCCAUCAUCAAUCUUCCGCCGGAUGCAGUCGUCUGCACCACGUCACCGCCCUCGCUCGGUCGAAGUUGAAGCAGCAGACGGUGACAACCAAGCCGACAAUCUUCUUUCCCUUCCCAAUGAUCUUCUUUUCAAGAUUCUCUUGAACCUCUCUGCUCAAGACAUUUAUUACAGAGCAAGUCGUGUCUGCCGGACUCUGUACUACCACACGAUCCGAUCCGAGGAAUUCGUAAACCUCCACCUCCGGCAAACCGACGAAUACGGCCUCUUGUUCCGAAUCAUUUAUGCACCGACACGUGAGUUUAUCGAUAUUGAUCAAUAUUCCUCCCAACGCAUGGUUUUCGUGUCCAUGAAACAGGGACGUGUCACGGUAUCCGACUACAACUACGCUUGCAAAUCCAGAAUCAUGUUCGAGAGUAGCUGCAACGGCCUCAUCCCCGAGUACAAUUUUUGGGAUCCCUCGUCCAACGUCCACUUGGCCAACCCUGUGACUGGACGAGCCUUGCAACUCCCUCCAUUCCCCAAAAAUGCAAAGUCAACGUUUUAUCGCGUGGGGUACGCUGAGGCCUCAAAGGCGUACAAGGUGGCAUUGGUACAGACCGAUGGUGGAAGGGACGCUCGGUGGGCCAUAUUGACCGUGGGUGUCGAUAGUUGGUGGAGGCAUCUUGCAACCAACCAUUUGAAUGGGUCUACUCUCGGCCAACUGGUGGUCACGGAGGGUUUUAUUCAUUCGAUUUUCCAGGACACUAUCCUGACGCUGAAUGUGGAGACGGAGGUUAUGAUCGAGACGUCGGCCCGGGUCCCUGUGCAAUACCACCCGACCAAGUACAUGAAGUGGUACCUGUCAACUGGGAAAGCCCUCACUGUAGUGGUUCGAGUUGAGGAUGGCGUGUUUCGAGUUUGGGAAAUGGUCAUGUCGGGGGAUUAUUAUUACUGGAGGGAAUGGGAACGUCCGAUUGUAUUGGGAAAUCAAUUGCAGGAAAUUGUAGAUGAUAAAUAUAGGUUUACCAUUCAACCGGUCGGUUGGUUGCAGCAGAUGGAGGUGUUGGUGUUUAAAGUAUCGUCCAGAAACGAGCCUUGCAAAGUUUUCUACGUUGUUAUCGCUACCGGGGAAAUCGGAUGGAUCACACCCAUAUCGAGUAACAAGGAAUGGUCCAUUGAGGAAUUCUAUAAAAUUUAUGAUCCAGUUGUGCCCCAUAGAAACACCCUUGUGGAGUUGGAGGGGUAUUGUUAA